AUGCAAUCAAGGGGAAGUUUAGACUCAGUUUAUCAAACUGAAAAUGUAAACAAAUUUAAAGUCGUGGUUUUGGGUGACCAAGGGGUAGGAAAAUCUGCCUUAGUAUGGAAAUUCGCUUACAGUGGAUUUGAGGAGAAAUAUGCGCCAACGAUCGGCAUAGACUUCUUCACCAAGACUCUCUACCUACGUAAGUGUCGUAAGUGGUGACUAGAAGCUUAUAUUUCGCUACAAUUCCGUUUAGAUUAAACAUAUAAACGGAAAAAGCUGAUAAUUUCAGGGUUUAGCUGAUUUAAGAGUCUGUUUAAAUUUGUUAUGAUAUAUUUGUUAUAUAUGAUUGCAGGAACAUGCUAACAUAAAAUUAUACAUUACCACAAACCUAACGACCCCCCGACCGGCACAAACGUACAUGACACAACCUACGUAGACUUUUUAAAGUCUGUUUUGAUUGGUUCACCAUUUAACGGAACUUUCGUCUACUUCGCGCUCUUUCUCGCGGCUCUAUCGCUCAAAAAAGCGACUUGUUGGCAAGUCUGCAAACUGUGAAGAUAAAGUAUUGAGCAGCAGUAGAGUUGUGUGUGAAUGAAAAUAAAUCAUAGAAAAUCGGUCAUGUUUCCCGGCCGUAUAGUAACAUUCAAAAUACACCACUAAAGUCCAAAUGCUGUUUUAGCUCUCAUAAACGUGAAAGGUUUACCCUCAGUUAGUCUUCUGACAAACUAAUCAAUAACCAAUUGAAAUGAAUAUAACAAGGGACGUGAAUUUCAGCGUCAGGACCACUACUUUCGAGAGGCGGUCAUUUGCGGCUUUCAUACACUGAGCAUUCUUCAUUAAGUGUUGUUUCCGGGGGUGUCGCUUAGUCCAAAAAUUUAUGGCAAACGCGAAAAAUACUUUUUUUUUAAAAAUAUAUAAUAUAAUAAAACGAAGAAUAGGUAUUAGUCAGACAUGCAAAUUAUAUUUUUGACCACGUGCUAAUAAUUCGUAAGAGAUCAAAGCAUUUCAAUAAAAGGUUUUGAAUUUUUAUCGUCUAAAAAGCAAUUGUCCUUGACUUAGACAAUUUUUCGCAUGUACUGGGUUAUUUCAAGAAGGGUCAAUAAGUCGAGAAUGAGUCAAAUUUGACGGAGAUAUGAAAAAGUAAGAUACACUUCUAAGAGCUAACCGUUCCUAUUAGGCUUUAUGAGAUCAGAUGACGGCGUCCGACCAGUCGGUUUUAUAAUGAAAUGCGCUUUUUCCAAGAGGUUUUGCUGAACAACCAUUUCCUUGGUGCAUACUAAAAUAUGACUUAGGAUUUGACUGAUCUGGCUGGAGAGAUUUGAUUAAAAUGGAAAUUCUCAUUGCGUUGGCAAUGGUUCGGCCGGUCAGUUCUGACAAAUGGAAAGCGCCCUUAGAUACCUCUAUGAAAUAUAUUUCUUCUCCAAGGGCCUGGUUUUUUAAGCAGGACUGGAGCCGAAGAGAACGCAGGUUUGUUUAAUUCUGUUAAAAAGAAACACCAGUAGCAAAGCAGGAGAGAGAAAGUAAAAGAUUAGAGCCUUCUGCUGAUCGAGAGACCACGUGCGGUAACUAGAGACUUAGCAUGGCGGUGUUGUCGGGAGCACGACUGAGCGGCGAAGCCCCAAAAGCGCGCGCGAAGUAGCAGCGAAGCUGCAAAAGAAUAAAAGUUGCUCCCGCCCCAAUCUCCUCGCGAUUUCUCUUCCCUCGCCCACCUUUAUUAUUUAGCGCGCCCAACCAAAAUGCCAUGCUACGCAGGCUAUGAAUGCCACUGUACGGUUAACUUCACAUUCUCUCACCCACUCACCUAUCUGGGCAAAUUAAAGUCGGCCACACCCAUUUUUUUUCUUCUCCUCUUCUUCCUGUGCGUACGUCGGAUCUCUCCUGGCCAUGGAGCGUGGGGGAUGGGAUUCACGGAUUACACUACUCUAGCAAUGUGUAUCAAUACAAAAUCAUCUCUGUUGAUGCUUUGGGUGUCUCGGAUUUUACGUUUCCCCUGAGAUCGAAAUCAUUCCUUCGAAGUGAAAUCUAGUUUCUUGAUACCCAGCCUCCAACUAACCAUUUUCAGACCUGGGUUUUUUUUUGCUUUUUUUUUAAAUUCUAUUGCUUGAAUGCGUUGAUUACUUUGAACAAGUGAACACUACAGUGGUUGAAAAAGAAAGAAGGAUUUUAAUUAGCAAAACUGCGAUGGUCUAGUGUUGUAAACUUUCAUCGUAUGCAAAUGGAUCUUAAGAUGAGCAUAUAGCAUGCGGUUUAUUUUCCGCGAUGGUUGAAAUGACGUGCCAUGUAAAUCACUUUUUUGAUCUCUGGCAAUGACAGAGGUAAUUUCUCUGAAAUCGAAGCCGUUGAAAUUUUUGUGUGCUACCGCAGACGUAUGUAUUUCCGAUCGUAACUAACACGCGUACUUAAUCAAUUCAGAAACAAAUAAAAAGUAAAUACCCCUGAAGAAUACUCGACCUUCGAUAAAGAAAGAAGUGAAAAACUUUUAGCGAGUAAAUCCUGUUUCGUGUAGAAUUAAUUGCCUCCUCAUAUUUCUCGAUGUAAUCCCCCAAAAAGCGAUACUUAAAGCCGCUGCAAGAGUGUUCUUGCACUGUUUAGUGUGGUCUCCGUAUCAUGAGUGGUUUUGAAGUUAUAGAGAGAUGGGGCCUCCGAAGUCCCCCUAGUCUCAGGAAGCGAAAAAUGCCCGGUCUGAAUAGUGUUAAGCUUCUUGGUUAGCAAAAAUAAUUCACCUCUUUAUUUUUUUUUGUUCUUUUUAUUCUAUAUUUUCCCAUCACUCUUCCUGCCGUAAGGAUCAGUUUACUGUUAUAAUAUUAAUUCUUGGUUACAUUCACCCUCAAGGACGGCGGAGCUGGGGGAGCGAAAAUCCCCCCCCCCCCCUCCCCCCCUUCCUUCUAAAGGAAUUUUUUUUUUUUUUUUUUUUAAGGACGUUUAAAGAGGAAAAAAAAAAAAAAAAAAAAGAAAAAGAGCCGGGGUAUUUUUUUACCACAAAAGAAAUGGAAUUAACCGUGGGUGGUGGUGGUGGGGGUGACGCAGCGAAAAUCCCCCCCCCCCCCCUUGCCCCCUUACUUUCUAAAGGAAUUUUUUGUUGUUUUAGUAUAAGGUACGUAUGAAGAGUAAAGAAGAAGAAAAGAAAAGGAAAAAGGUCCGGUUUAUUUUAGUACCACCGAUGAAGUUGGAUUACCCGUCGUGUGUGCUGGAGACUGGCACGAGAGAAUCGCUCAGGGCAUGCGUGUGUUGUUUUUGGUGUUCUCAGAUCGUACAUACACACGAACAGCUUUUAUAAAAACGCAGGCCAGUUUACUACGGGCGGGAUAUAUACAAGGCUGGAAAUACCAAUUCCGAGCCUCUAGACUUUAAAAUGUUUAAGAGAGGUUGCCCCCAGACCCCCCGCUACAAACUGGAGCUCAUUUUCAAGUUCCCCAUUUGAAAAUACGCUCCCCCGUCCCUGAUCGAUCCUUUAGCAGUCCAUGUAGAAGGAUUAUCGGAGGCUAAUUGUCUUGACUACGAUAGCUUGAUUUGGAGAGGACAUGAGGAUAAGAUGAAAAAGGAAAUGGCGCGAUUAUCUAAACUGAGAUAAGAUUUUAAAUCACAGCCAGCAUGAUCUUGAUUUAACUAAACAGACAGAAAUUUAACGGCAAUACAGCAUUGCUAAUUCCAGUGGCGGAUCCAGGGGUGCCCCCCCCCCCCUAUUUUAGACCAAACUGAUGCCCGAAGGGCCGAAAAAAAAAUUUUGGAGACCGGGCUCCCCCCCUUAUCUCAAAGUCUGGAUGACCGGAUCCCCAUCCUUCCCCCCUAAUCUCAAGGUCUGGAUCCGGCACCAAAUUCCCCUCUCGUUUUUUUUCUGCUAAAUUUCAGAUGGAAUCGGCGUUCGCCUUCAAAUAUGGGAUACAGCGGGUCAAGAACGUUUUCGCUGCCUUAUUCCUUCGUACCUCCGUGACUGUCACGUGAUCUUGGUUUGUUUCGACGUGACGAAUUGUUCGAGUCUGGACAAUGUACCAGACUGGAUUGAAUUAGCUCAAAGAGAAAGGUAUUGGCGAAUGAAAAAACCUUUGAUUGUUCUUGUGGGAAACAAAGUGGAUGAAACCAGUAGAAGACAGGUG